AUGACUACCAAGAAAGAAGGACACAUACAGUGGAUCGAGGGCCUCCGUGGCAUCGCGUCAACGUUGGUCUGGAUCGCACAUGUUACACGGGCUUAUGAUCUUGAUCUCUACUCUCCAGUCUCUGGCGAGGGAUUAAGACCACGACUUUUCCAACUCCCUUUCCUGCGAAUUUUAAUCCAAGGCCGAUUGGGCGUCGUCAUCUUCGUCUAUGUCACAGGCUAUGUGUGUGCAAUGAAACCAUUGGCAUUGUUUCGACAGGGCAAUUAUGAAGCAGGCUGGAGUUGUGUUUCCAAGUCUGCGCUUCGGCGACUUCCACGGUUGUUGUAUCCCAGUGCCGUUGCAACAGUUCUAGCGUGGGCUGCGACACAGCUGGGACUGUUCGAGGCUGCGAAGAUGACAAAUAGCUACUACCUGACUCGAACAGUCCAGGACAAGUUGCCGCUAUCUUCAGCAGUCGGAAAACUCUUUGCCAAUAUCUUCAGCACCUGGACUGGAGGUGGAAAUAAGUAUGAUGUUCAUCAAGGCACGCUCUUCGAACUGUUCAAAGGCGGGAUGUAUGUGCUUCUGUUCGUCACUGCAACUGCAAAGGUUCAAGCAAAGUUCAGAAUGGGUGCAUCAUUAAUCCUAUGGGCCUACCUUUGGGCCUGUGGCCGACCGUACUUCAUGCAAUUCUGGUGGGGAGUAUUUAUGAAUGAUUUGCAUAACUCUAGACUGUCUCAGCGCAUCUCAUGGAGCAAGUCUCGGUACAUCCCUUUCUUCGGCUUCUUGUCAGUAGCAGUCGGUCUGUUCAUCGCAUCAUUCCCUGAAGGCCGCAUUGAGUUGGCUCCCUGGUCACAUUGGCAAAAUCAGAUCUUGUCAGCAAUUGUCCCCAAGGACUCUGAGUUCCCCAAAUUUGCAUCUUCCUUCGGAUUCUGUCUUCUGACAAUUGGCGGGGUCCUACUACCUGGGUAUGCAGACAUUCUAUCCCAUCGUGUCCUGGUAUGGCUCGGCAAGCGAUCAUUCGCGGUGUAUCUUCUCCACGGUACGCUGCUGAGAUGGUUACUCACAUGGAUGGUAUAUGGAAAUUCUCUAUCACCCACUCUGCAGGUUCAACAGCCAGAAGUUGCUUCUCCAAAGCUUGAAUAUGCGGGUAAUACGUGGCUACUCUUUUGUCUACCACCUUGGCUUGGGCUUCUAUAUGGGCUUGCGGAGAUCUGGACAACAUACAUUGAUACGGCAGCUGAACGAUUCACCAAUCAGCUUGUUGCCUACAUCCGUCAGGAGGAGCUGAAGGGCUUGUCAUUGGUCUGA